AUGCCUAAAUUUUCAAAUUUAAAUGCAAAUUUGGGUGUUAAGCCUUAUUUUUUAAUUAGUUUAUUUCAGUCAAUCAUUGGAAGUUUUUUUUUUGUGUAUUAUGAUAUCAAAAACCUAAACCCAAUUAAAGGUUUUAAAUUUUAUUAUUUUUCCUCUUUGUCUAAUACAAAAUUAGAUAGCCAUUAUAUCAACAUUUCUUCACCAUCUUGAUUGAAAAAUAUCAUACUGUUUUGUCUUAACCUAAAAAUUUCUCUUACCAAGAAGAUCAGUUAUAAGCUUUUAUCAUAA